AUGGCUACUGGAGGACCUCUAGACGAGCGUUGGUUAUUUGAGAGUGAAGAAUUAAAACCAACAGCCAUCGAUCCACGCAAACAUCUCCAUUAUAUCGAAAUCUCCGAAAAUGGACUUGUAGCUACUUUUGUUGGUAGAGGGGAGUACACGGAUGUGGGGGCUGUACAGGCAGAUAAGCCUUUGCCUCGACGCUGCUCAGUCGCAUAUUUUGAAGUAAAAGUCUUAGAAGCGUCAAGUUCUCGCGCUGCUGUUUGUAUCGGCCUGUCGCCGUCUUCUGCUCUUCUCAACAGACCCCCAGGACUGGACGCAGGGUCAGUGGGUUACCGCGGGGAAGACGGCUAUCAGCAGAGCCGCCAUGCGAUAGUAGAGGCUGCUGCUUAUGAGGCCUUUGGUCCUCCUUUUGGUCGUGGGGAUAUACGUCAGCUGAUGGAGGAACGGCAGCUAAUCCGACAGGAGCAGCUGCCACCCGAAGCCCUUACUUCGCUUGUCCGCUCGUAUUUGCUACACAGCGGCUUCGAGAGAACCCUCAAAGCGUUCAAUGAGGCUGUGGGGAAACCAAAAGGCAAACAAAAAAGACAUAAGCAAGGCAACGCCCCAGUCAACGCAGUUUCUUCGAGCCUCAAAGACAGCCCCAGGAGCAAGAAUAACAGCAGCAGCUGCAACAAUAACAACCAUAGCAACACCACCAAUAACAACCACAGCAACAGCAACGGCAGCAGCAACAACAACAGCAACAGCAGCAGAGAAAACAGCAGCAGUGUUAUCAAUCCAAGCAAUGGCAGAGAAGACAAAGACGAUGAAAAGAAUGCAGGAGAGACAAAAGAGGCAGCAGAAACAGCCGUAGCAGCAGAGGGAGAAGAAACCACGCCAUUGGCGUCAGCAUACCAAAGCAGUGAUGAGGAAGGAGAAAAAGAAGAAAGAGAAUGCAUAUUAACGGUGUGGCCACCUGCAGUGCCACAGCGACUAUCUGCAUCUUUAACACAGCGGUCAUUGGUCAUGCAGGCAAUAAUGGAGGGCAACAUUCCUGAGGCCGUUUCUCUUUUGAAUGUUCAUUUUCCUCUUGUAAUGGCCCCUUCUCAUGAAGUUGUGGAGGCUUUGAGGCCUCCAAAGAAGGAUUUGAAGAGUGCCAUUUCGUGCAUGAAGCAAAAUAUAUCCCCUUUAAUGCGGGAAGUUUCUCCUCUUCUUCAAAAAGUAGCCAGUGUACGCGGAGCUGUGGCGGGGGCAUAUCCGGCGAGAGAGAACGGGCUGCAAUCUCUCACGAUAACCCCUAGUUCCUAG